UGUGUUUCUCUGUCUGACAUAUUUUACGUAGCCUAACAAGUCCAUCCCUGUUGGCACGAAUGGCAAGAGGUCAUUCUUUUUUGUGGCCGAGUAAUAUUCCAUCGUAAAAAUUGGCCACACCUUCUUUAUCCAUUCAUGUGUCGAUGAACAGCCCCGAUACUCUAGAAAGAGCCGCUCCCCUGUGGGCAAAGUCAUCUUAAGCUGAAAUCAGCUGUCAGAGUAAAAGUUGCAUGUGGCAUAAGGCUUAAAGCUGCUCUCCAAAGUCACAGAAGAAGCCAGCUGCAGGACCCUAAAAGCUAACCCAUAAAACAACUUGCUAUAAAUCGCCAAAUAAACACCAGUGUCCCACACUUAGGACAUCGGGGGACAGGGCAAUAAAGACGUUCUCCUCCCACCCAGGUUCUGAAGCAAUCUGAAAACUUAAAGGAAUAAGGCAGAGAAACCAAUCUCUCACCUUUAUUAUCGAUAAAACUGACACGAGAUUGUGCCUUGUGUCUGUGGGGUGGGUAUCUAAUACUAAACUCACAAGCAGAAGCUCUCCCGCGCGGCAGAACAAAUAGGACAGCCUCCCCCCCCACAAGAGUGGAUUGUGCACAUGGCACCCUUGUGGCGACAAGAAGUAAAGCAAGACGUGGGCCACCUGUGGGCAAUUCUCUGCCGAAAAGAACCAGAGCGGGGCUAGAGGACGCCCGCCCAGUUUUCCUUCUACACUUGCUGACCAAAUUCCCGAUUUCUGCCCCAAAGAGAAGACUGUGUGCGAGGUCAAAGAGAGACCAGAAGCUCCUGGAACCCCACCCAGAUGGCAGAAAACAAUCAGGAGCUAUGAAGAAACUCCCCCCACACAGCCCCGCCCUGUGCCCCAACAUCUCCUUCCUGACACAAUAACGGGAGAUCAGAUAUUUGCUACAGAGAUGGGAGUCCUAGUUAAUUCUGAUGGCUUAACGCACGUUGCAGCAGCGGACAGCCGUAUCACAGCCUGACACGGAUUUAUAGACAGACUCCGUAUUUGCUAAGUGCCCUUUGUGUGCCCUGAACUAUCAUAGGCCCGAAGAGCUCACAGAGAAGCAGAUGGCCCAGUUCAGCCCUCCUCCUCCAUAGGGGGUGUGUGGGCACAGUAUUUAUGUUAACGGGAUUUAGAGAAUAGUUGGUAACUCACUGUCACCAUAGGAAAUCAGAAGCAAACGUCUAUGCAGUAAAGUCUCUCAUGAGCCGUAUUGGCCUUUAAGGAUCCUUCGGUGUGAUUCUGAUUGUCUAGAUCUCCUAGCUGAAGACAAAGUGUGUUUCCUUCCUCGACGCGUCCUUUUUCAUGAAGAGGGGGAGGGUAUGUCAUCAGAAGGCUGAUUGGGAGGAAAAUGACCUCAUGUGCUCGCAAUUAAAGCUGUUUCCCUUUGCAUCUUGGUGGAAGAACACCCUGGGCGUGUGGCAGGUCUGUUUAAGGAAGUAUAUGUGUAUGAAUUAGGAAGGGUGGGGCUGACCUACACAGGCAGGACAUUACUGGUCUUCCUCUUCCUGCCCACGUUUCCCACAGCAGUCACGGUCAUUACUCAGCUUCCUGUUGGGGAAAACCUUGGACACUGAGCGCCCACCUGCUUGGACGGGCAGACUAAGGACAGCAGAGUGUUCGACGCUGCCGUGAAGCCUGAGCCUUGAACUUGCACGCAGACCCCUUUCCGGGAGUAUCCGAAGCAGAGGUGGAGCCGAGCCGUUCUGCGUGGGGUGGGGGUGGGGGGCCCGGAAAACGGCAGCGUUGACAGACCGUCACUGCCUGGAGUAAAACACCACAGGCGAGUGACACGUGGGGAUUCCCAGGGGCCUGUGGUGCAGAAAAGACCAGGCGAGGUCCCCGGAUGGCACCCGCAGCCAGGCAGUGUGGGCGAUUGCGGCAAGCGAGAGGCGGCUGGGAGAAUCAGGGCGUCGGGCAGCCGGGCAGCGGCGGAGUCCGCUGGGCCUCUGGCCACAGUGCUGAUUCUCUUCGUCCAAUUGCGUGUUGGCUGCAACACGGCGCUGGGCGCGAAGAUGAUGAAGGUCGUGGCCUCCGGCUUCCAGAAGCCCACAGUCCGGUCAGGGGGUUUGUUCGUACCGCCCUCAGCUGGAUUCCGGGUUGGUAACGUAAGACAGUGUGAGGAGCUCGAAGAUACCCAGCCCCCCUGGCACCGUCCCAGACCUAGUGGGGCCGGCCCCGGGCAUCUGCCUUUUAUCCAGAGCUCCCGACGCGCCCUGCGGUGUGGGGAUCGCCGGCAGAAUAAGCCCCGUGUGCCGAGUGCCGGGCGCUUGAGCCUUGGGAACCGUGAGGACACGAAGGAGGCAGACCUCUGGGGAGCCCUCAGGCAUGGGGUUCACGGAAUUUCACUGCAACUAGCAGGUGGCUCCCUUCACCUACUUUUCCACAUUGAUGUCGCUUCUGGUGGCUGAUAACAGCAGCUGCACAGGGCUCUCAGGGUCUGAAUCGGGGCAUAUUGCUGGGCGUCAGGCUCUGGCCGCGUGUCCUGUGGCUGUCACCUUGGACUUCUGAUUCGCCCACCGAGGAGCGGUUUGCGGGGAUCUCAGAUCCGUGGCAGCGGUGACGAUGGGAGACCUUGAACAAGAGCCCCACUUGAAGAAUGCUAGCUCUCUAUAGUCUUCACGGCAGAUCCUUGGCUUUUGCAGCAUCGCUGUGUUAUCUCCGCCACCCCACUCCGAGGAUGGGACGAAGGUGGCUUCAGCUUGUCUUGAUAGAGCCUUUCCUGGAAUCCCUCAGGGGCCUCACCCCCAGCCCACCCAGUCUCCUGCAGCUGGACACGGAGUUCCUAAACAAAAUGACUCAAGAUGUGCACCAGUUAGGUCUUGAAGUGCCAUCAGCUGUAGCAGAAAUUCCAGAUCCCAAGACCAUAGCCAGGCAUCCCCGCUCCCAGGAACUGAAGGCCAUGGAGCUCUCUGACAGUGACCGCCCCGUCAGCUUCGGCUCCACGUCGUCCUCCGCCUCUUCCAGGGACAGCCAUGGCUCCUUCGGCAGCAGAAUGACCUUAGUUUCGAACAGCCACUUGGGCUUGUUUCACCAAGAUAAGGAAGCCGGGGCCAUAAAACUGGAGCUGAUUCCGGCCAGGCCGUUUUCCAGCGGCGAGUUGCAGAGGGACAGCGCCGCCAGGCAACAGAACGCCGACGAGGGCGACGAAGGGCAGCCCCGGGCCCAGCGCAGAAUGGAGGCCAACGGGGCGACCCAGCCGGGUGCGGAGUCGACCACCAGCCCCAAGCUGCUCUAUGUGGAUAGGGUUGUCCAGGAAAUUCUGGAGACCGAAAGGACUUACGUGCAAGAUUUGAAAAGCAUCGUGGAGGAUUACCUUGACUGCAUCAGGGACCAAACAAAACUUCCUCUGGGGACAGAAGAAAGAUCAGCCCUCUUUGGAAACAUACAGGAUAUCUAUCACUUCAAUAGUGAACUUCUACAAGAUUUGGAAAACUGUGAAAACGAUCCUGUGGCCAUAGCAGAAUGUUUUGUGUCCAAGAGCGAAGAGUUCCACAUUUACACGCAGUACUGCACUAACUAUCCAAGAUCAGUGGCUGUGCUAACAGAGUGCAUGCGGAACAAGAUGCUGGCCAAAUUCUUCAGGGAACGUCAGGAAACUUUGAAACACUCACUGCCUCUGGGCUCCUAUCUCUUGAAACCAGUUCAGCGGAUUCUCAAGUAUCAUCUCCUUUUGCAUGAAAUAGAAAAUCACCUUGACAAGGACACAGAAGGCUAUGAUGUGGUGCUUGAUGCUAUCGACACAAUGCAGCGAGUGGCCUGGCACAUCAAUGACAUGAAGAGGAAACACGAACACGCGGUCCGGCUACAGGAGAUACAGAGUCUGCUCACCAACUGGAAAGGGCCAGACCUGACCAGCUACGGGGAACUGGUGCUCGAAGGGACCUUUCGCAUCCAGCGGGCCAAGAAUGAGCGGACGCUCUUCCUCUUUGACAAGCUCCUUCUGAUCACAAAGAAGAGAGACGACACGUUUACGUACAAAGCUCACAUCCUGUGUGGCAACCUCAUGCUCGUGGAAGUGAUACCAAAGGAGCCGCUCAGCUUCAGCGUCUUCCACUAUAAGAACCCCAAGCUGCAGCACACGGUUCAGGCCAAAUCCCAGCAAGACAAGCGCCUGUGGGUUCUGCACCUGAAGAGACUGAUCCUGGAGAACCAUGCGGCGAAAAUCCCAGCUAAGGCCAAGCAAGCAAUACUUGAAAUGGAUGCCAUUCACUAUCCCGGUUUCUGUUACAGUCCCGAGGGAGAGACUAAAGCAUUUUGUGGUUCUAGAGACGGUUCUGCUCCAUAUCGGCCGAGAAGAAAAUCUGAACCUUCCUCAAGAUCACAUAAAGUCUUGAAGACCAGUGAAACAGCACAAGACAUCCAAAAGGUCUCCAGAGAGGAAGGGUCUCCCCCGCGGACCUCAACGGGACCAUCUCCCGCACAGAGGAACAGUCAGCCGAGCACUUCUGCCAUUAUCAGCGUGCUUCGUGGGGGAGGAGCCAUCAGAAACAUCUGGACGGACCACCAGAUCAGACAAGCCUUGUUUCCUAGCUGUCGGUCCCCUCAGGAGAAUGAGGAUGGUGAAGAUGACUAUCAGAUGUUCGUGCCCUCUUUCUCCUCCUCGGAUCUGAACUCUGCCAGACUGUGUGAAGACGGCACUUCCAGUCGCCCGUGCAGUUGGCACAUGGGACAGAUUGAAUCCACAGAAGCCACCGGCUCUGGCCGCCGGGUCGUCAGGCGGGCCAGUAGCGCUGGCGAGAGCAACACGUGUCCCCCCGAAAUAAGAAUUCGGGACGGUGGAGGCUCUCAGUAUAGCCCCCGAAGGGAACUGCAGAGUGACCCUAAAACAGAAGGGCAGGAAGGAAUGACUCCCUUUGGGUCAUCCGUAGAGUUGACUAUUGAUGACGUAGACCAUGUCUAUGACAACAUAAGUUACGAGGACUUGAAACUGAUGGUUGCCAAACGGGAAGAAGCCGAACCCACGCCCCCCAAAACAGCCAGGGACUCUGUCCGCCCCAAGAGCACCCCGGAGCUGGCCUUCUCAAAGAGGCAGGCUGACCACGAGAAGACCUCUCUGCACACGAUGAGGGACGGAGCGCCAACUGGUCGCCAGGCGUCGAACCAAAGCACACACGAACUCCAGAUGGUUGAGGAAAACAUCUAUGACACCAUAGGGCUCCCAGAUCCACCCUCACUGGACUUCAAAUGCAGCAGCCUGAAGCGUCCCAAGAGGAGCACCUUCUUAGGCCUGGACGCCGACUUUGCAUGCUGCGACAGUCUGAGGCCCUUCGUUUCCCAGGACAGCCUCCAGUUCAGUGAGGACGAAGCCCCUUACCACCAGGGCCCCUCUGAUAAUGAUUAUUUGAGUUUGCUCUAUAACUCUUUCAGCUGUAACCUGUCCCUAGCCGAUAAAUCGAUAUCUGAUAAACUGUCUGAAGAAGUGGACGAAAUCUGGAAUGACCUGGAAAAUUACAUCAAGAAAAAUGAAGUCAAAGCUAGAGACCGGCUCCUGGCAGCAUUUCCCGUCAGCACAGAGGACAUGCCGGGCAGGCUGUACUCCGAGAGCACCCCCGAGCUGGGCAGAGAGGCGGCACGUUCCGUGUCCACGCUGUCACUCCCGGAGGGCCACGCUUUCCUCACGCCGCUGAAAGACAGCGGCAGACCUAGCCGGGCCAACUGCCCGUUUGAGGAAGACCUGAUUUCUAAAGAAGACUCCUUUAUGAGUCUCAAUCGGCUGUCUCUGGCCAGUGAAACACCUCCCAUGGAAAAUCCCUACGACUUGGCCAACAGCGGUCUGUCCCAAACAGACUUGGAAACCCCUGACCCUGGGACGGAUGCCACAGAUAAGACAAGAAGCAGGGUUUUUAUGAUGGCCAGGCAGUACAGUCAGAAGAUCAAGAAGGCAAAUCAACUCUUAAAAGUGAGAAGCCCAGAGUUGGAGCAGCCACUGGCCGGCCAGCAACAGAAGUCCACGCACAAAGACCUGGCGGCCAUCUUAGAAGAGAAGAAGCAAGGGGGCCCUGCCAUCGGUGCCAGGAUUGCUGAGUAUUCCCAAUUGUACGACCAGAUUGUAUUCAGAGAGACCCCCUUUAAGACCCAGAAGGACGGCUGGGCCAGCCCUCGAGAACCCUCCAACCCCACGUCUGCAUCAGCUCCCCGGUCCCAACAUGGCAGCGAGGAUUGGCUUUUGCAUUCAACCUAUAGUAAUGGAGAGUUAGUGCACUUCUGUCCCCAGCCAGAGCAAGACUUGAAGUCGAAACAUCCCACUUUAGAGAUCAACACAAAAAACAUUCCAAGACAGUUGUCCACAGCUUGCUCUGUGCCUUCUCUUCAAACCUCCGACCCUCUGCUGGGCUCCUUCCAGAGACACAGUGUGAUAGUCAGUCAGCCCAACAAAGAGAACUCUUACCAGGGCCACCUUUACAGCUCUUUGGGUCGGAAAGGAAUCAGUGCUAAAUCUCAGCCUUAUAAUAGGUCCCAGUCAUCUUCCUCAAUCUUGAUAAACAAGUCAGUGGACUCCAUCAACUACCCUGGAGAAGUGGGAAAGAAACAGCUGCUGUCUUUGCACAAAAGUUCAAGGUGUGAGAGCCACCAGGAUUUGCUGGCAGGUAUGGCUGACUCGUGUCAACAGGGCACUGAAAAACGCUCCGAUCUCACGCUCCAAGACUCACAGAAGGUUCUGGUCGUCAAUAGAAAUAUGCCCUUAAGUGCUCAAAUAGCUACACAGAACUAUUUUUCCAAUUUCAAGGAGACUGAAGGAGACGAAGACGACUAUGUGGAAAUAAAGUCAGAAGAAGAUGAGUCAGAGUUAGAGCUAUCUCACGGCCGUAGGAAGAAAGCUGACCCACAGAUGACGGAUGCUGACUUUACUGAGAAGACCCGUAGCAACAUCACGUCUUACCCUGUGAACAGUCCGUGCUCUCCCAAAAAGCCAAUGGGCGACCCACUUGGGAUUUCACCAUACCUGACGUCCUACGACGAUUCGGACAAACUGAAUGACUAUCUUUGGAGGGGGCCAUCUCCCAAUCAGCAAAAUAUCGUCCAGUCGCUGAGGGAAAAAUUUCAAUGUCUUAGUUCCAGCAGCUUUGCCUAAAUUUCUUAGUAGAAGCUGCGCAAACCAAUGUCGUGUGAUGCUCACAGAUUACAGAUACUGAGAGGUGUUUUAUAUGUACCAGAUUAAAAACGAUUUUGUAAUAACCAGAAGUGUAAACCAUACUUUCUUUUCCAGCACAACUUUUGGAAACGGCUGACGAGCCAGCCGGAAUUGUACUGUAUAGGCAGUGUCAGCACCUAACAGUGUCUUCUCUGAUGCUGUGUCGUGUCUCCUGUAAGUCAAUCUUACUUGAAAAUUUUUAGGCUUUUUUUUUUUUUUUACCUGAUGGCCAUGAUACUUUCUCUCAUAUCCUGACAAUAGUGUCCAGACUUUAAGAAAUGCCAUAAUCCUCUCCUGUUAUCCAGAAGCCACAAAUAGUUUUAUUCUAGGACCCAAAGGCAGCAAGGAGGCUUUUCCGCAUGCUUGCGAAAGAAGGGAAACGAAAGCUGUUUAAAGGAUUACGUGAAUCACAUCGGGCAUUUGGGUUUCAUUUGCGACAAGACCCUAGCAAAACUUAAGCUAGAGAUCUCUCAUUGGAGGAUGAAUCUCCAGUGCCCGUUUCACUCUGUAUCCGUGAUUUCUCUAUCAGGGUCACGCUAGUGUGGAAAUUGGGUACCUAUUGUCCACUAGAAGGUAGCAAGACCAAUUUUGUAUAAGCAAAAAUCCUUACCUCUAUUCCUGGACGAGGUCUGGAGAAUGUGCUCGCUCUUCUGUUUAUUUUUGAUGGCUGGAGUAAAAGGAAUGCUUUCCUCAAGUGCUUAAAGAAAACUACAAGCAAGAAAAUAGAAAAGAUGGUUAUCUCCUCAUAUUACAGUUAAAGAGGGGGCGGAACUAGAACCCUGCAUGCUAUGUCUUUGUGCGUAUCUCUACUCAACACAAAGCAAGCCAGGAGCUAAAAUACAACAACACACGUUAGCGUCACCCUUUGCACAGCAAUUUUUCCUUUGUACUUUCCUGAGUUUCGUAUUCCACCAAAUGACCUCAUCCCAGCCGUGAGGAUUUCGUUGACCGUGAUGAAAUGUGUUUUUUAAACUAAGCAUAACGCGAGGGCCUCUCUUCGUUGUUUGAGAGCAAAGAAUCUUUGGCUGCUAAGCUGUGACUAAAAACCUCUUUUCAUUGUCAUUAUGGUCUUCGAGUAGCCGCUCACUGUGAUAUCGCGGACCAACAUACCACUUCAUGGAAGGAAACUGCAAAAACCAGACCUUGAGAGUGAAAAACAAAACCGAAGAAGCACAAGAGAGAAGCGAAGGCAGAUCUAUGGGUCCUUUAUAACAAUGUUGUAUUUUACUGAAGAUUCCGGUCAAUGCAAGAAGAGUGUGUUCUUAAACUGUGGCCUUUUAAGGCUCCCUUUAAGCGGUUUUACAUUCUGUGAUCCCUUCCCCACCUGCUCGGUUUUUUAUUUUGAAAACUGUAUGUGUAGGAAAGGGGGUCUGGGCCUUUUAUCCGAAGGUAAGCAACGAUACUGAUUUCCAUCGGUGACAUCUCACCAUAAUUCUUUUCCUCUUCUUGAGUCCUGUGCCUCGUUUUCUUAACCACGAAACAUCAGACGUGACCAUCCUUAUUUUACAAGCAGGUACCUAAAGACCUUCAUUUUUCCUUUGAAAUAACAGAAAAGAACCGAAGUUUCUUCCUUCUCUAUAUUCUUUCUUCUUAGAGCUUGUCAAACAAAGUCCCUGUUGGAUAGCAUGGUUCUAGAGACAUUCCUUCUUUCACUGCCUUUCUUUAUACUUGAUAGGAGUUUUCAGGACUAAGCAGUGUCAGAAAAGACAAGCCCUGCAAGGAAGCAUGUUCUCAGACUUGCCAGAAGGGCUUGUUAGUGCGCUUGCAACACAAAGUUAUCUGAUUCUUCUUGUCCUAGAAUGUAGUUUCCUAUUUUUGCUGUUUAGUGUGUAUGACCCCCAAGUCUAUAUUGUCCAUAUUACCGCGGUGUCUUACUCUCAGAAAUUAUGAACCCUUCACACCAGUGUUCUCGUUGCAUGGCUUCAAUGUCAUCUGGCGGCACCAAGGUGGAUGUCGUGCUGUAUAAAAUGUCUGUGUCAUUGUCUUUAGGUUCUAGGAUAAACCUUUACCUUUUAGAUGUCUUCUGUCAGCCAGGAUGCAGAUUUUGAGAGCUGUGUGUAUAUAUAAUCAUGUUCAUAUUUUUCCUCAAAGUUACCAAUUAAAUGCUUCCGUUUAAAAUAGUUUCUUUUGGAGGUGGGGUAGGAUUGUACAUAAUUGGGGGGAAAGUUAUAUGUACUUAAGAUUAUGUCAAGUUCUUACUGGGUCUCUGUACUGAACGUUCAGGUUUGUUUGUUUGUUUUAAGUUCACUUUUUACCUAGUCUUUGUGCAAAAAAAAAAAAAUGCAUCUAGGAAAACAUAGUUUAAAUAUUGUAUAUAAGAUAAAGUUAGUAAUGCUCAUUAUUUAAUAAAGUUUGUAAAGUACAAGGUAAA